ACAACACCUCAAAGCACGCCUCAACGGGAUUUUCUCCCUUUUUCCUCAUGUAUGGCAGGGAACCCAUUCUUCCUGAAGAUGUGGAUGAACCUGAGGGAAACGCCGAAGCAGACGAACCCCGACCAAGUGGGAGUGAACAACAUGCAGAGGUCAAUAAGAGAGUUACUAGAAUGCGAGAGUCUAUAGGGCAGAAAGUGCUUAAAAACAUCAAGAAGGCCCAGGGGCGACAAGAAACGCAUUACAACAAGAGGAGGAUCUCUCAAAACGAUAUCCCCGUUGGAACUAAGGUCCUGAAGAAAAAUUUGGUACGAUCGGAUCGAAAAGGGGGAAAAUCUGCGUUACCUUGGCUGGGCCCGUAUGUCAUAAGGAGCAAGACCAAGAGCGGGGGAUACUUGUUAACGAACGAGGAUGGUAUCCACUUGAAAUCCUCAAUAAACGGGGCGAACUUAAAGAUAUGGCAUAAGGGGCCGUCUGAGAAUGAAAAGAAAUAA